UAUUUUGAAGACCAAAACUGACAAAUUUACAUGUUACACUCAGAAUUCUUUUCUUUUAAAUAGGGCGCUUAUACCAUACUUAAGGGGGAUUUGUUGAAUAUUUAUAAUCUGGUAUGGUGUUAUGUUCUUGCACUUCACCUCAGGGGUGGAACUUUUUGUGUGACUAACCACAAGUGAAGCGACCAUCUUGAAGUCAACAUGGCGGUCUUACUAAUCCGUGUGAUCUUCAUCGUAAGUUUGACAAGGUUUACUUACGCUCAGAGUUGUCUGGUGAAAGAUGCCCAAGUAAAGGGGGACCUGGAUUUGGAAAGGAUGGAGGGCCGAUGGUUUGAGCUGAAAUGGCGCUCCUAUUCCUUCGUACCGGAAGAAUUCCGUUUCCGUGAUUACGAGCACAGAUACAAGUAUGCUAAGAAUACCGGGAACAUGAUUGUGACUGGUCAAGGGAGGCCCACUCCCCAGGCUGAGUGUUUUACAUACUCGGGCUUUCUGGACAGUACCUCGACACCAGGAAAAUUGGUCUACACCAGGCCUAACAGUGUCUUCAAUGACGACGGUACUGUGAGCUCAGACUAUUGGAUCGUGGACACAGAUUACGUGAACUACGCUCUCAGCUACGGCUGCAGGGAGAUUCUGACCAACGGAACGUGUCACCCGGAAAAGGUCGAGUCCUGGCUCUGGGGUCGUAACCCAUCGUUACCAGAUCACCUGACAUAUCACGUGGAAAACUUGAUGAAAGAGCUGUGUCUGGAUCCAGACUCUUAUAUGGAUACACCUCACGGUCACGCUUGUUCCGAAUAUACCGUCAGUAGCUCCGUGGACAAUGCCCCGAUAGGUUACGUUCUGUUGAUGAUGUUACUGGGACUGUGGGUUGCUAUUUGAGUCGAGGGUACAUACACAAAGCGUGUGGCUGUACUCUACACGUUGCGCCUUGUGUCAACUCUAAAGUGUAUAGCAUGAACGCUGUUGGAGAGUAAACUAUCUCACUAUGUCCCUUAACCACUAAUGCUAGAACCAACAUGCAAUAAUGUUUCAUAAGACUUAUUACUCUGAUGUGAAUUUCCAUUUUUAAUCAGAAUGUUUGAUUUAUACUGACAAAGAUGGACAGCAUUGUAUACAGUACGAUGUUUGUGAGCAUCUGUAGGCCUAUAUACAUGGAUAUAGUUUUUACUUUGUACCUAUUUUCUUCCUUUUUAAACGAGAUAUGGCACAUAGUAAAUAAUGAACAAACGUUUGUUAGCUGCGUGACACAACCGAAGGUAUGAUAAGUUUUGGCAUAAGCCAUUUUUCGUAUAUAUAUUGUGGAAAAUGCCGGUUUAGGUUUAAAAGUGCGAGUAACAGUAUACAGUGUUAUGUUACCUUAUUUUAGGCUUACCACGAACACUUCGUGUUAAAUGAUCAGUAUCGUUUAACUUAUUAAUAUCUACACAGGUUAAUGCAUACAGGUUAACGUAUGCAUUUAAAAAUAAGCGCGUCUUUCACAUGUAUUGCAUGCAAUAAACUGAUUUCAAAUACA